AUGAGAUUCUCCACUGCUUUCCUUGCUGCUGUUCUCUUGACCUUUUCUAACAGGGUCUCUGCAGACGUUUCUACCGAAACUGAAACUGAAGGUUCUGCUGCUGACGUUGAGUUCCCAUUCUCUGACGAUGCCAUCAUUGAGGCUGUUGCCCUUGCUGAUGACAUUGCUCCAAUCGUUUUGAACGAUGCUGUCUUCUUCGUCAACACCACGAUUGCUGAUGCUGAGUUGGAGGCCUCUGGUUUGUCUAAGCGUGAAGCUGAUGCUUGGAGAUGGAGAUACUAUGCGCUUGGUCAGCCAAUUGCUAAGAGAGAGGCGGAAGCUGACGCUGAUGCUGAAGCCGGUGCUGAUGCUGAUGCCUGGAGAUGGAGACGUUACGCUCUUGGCCAACCAAUUGCUAAGAGAGAGGCAGAAGCUGACGCUGAUGCUGAAGCCGAUGCUUGGAGAUGGAGAUACUAUGCCCUUGGCCAGCCAAUUGCUAAGAGAGAGGCGGAAGCUGACGCUGAUGCUGAAGCCGGUGCUGAUGCUGAUGCCUGGAGAUGGAGACGUUACGCUCUUGGCCAACCAAUUGCUAAGAGGGAGGCCGAGGCUGAUGCUGAUGCUGAAGCCGAUGCUUGGAGAUGGAGAUACUAUGCCCUUGGCCAACCAAUUGCUUAA